CGCAAGCGACAGGAAGAAGCAAGAAUUCGCCGAGAGAAAGAAGCUGCCGAAGAGGAAGCUCGACGCCUACGAGAGGAGGAGGAGCGAGAGCGUAAACGCGCGGAGCGGGCUGCACGCGAAGCCGAGAUACACCGAGCUCACCAGGAAGAGUUGGAGAGGAUUCGCCUAUCCAAGUUGCCUCCCUUGUUACGAUGGCUCGAUGGGUGUCCAGACCCGAAGCAGAAGGAGAUUGCUGAACUGUUUUCGAAGGCGUUAGGGGUUCGGUACGACACGAUCAAUCCAUCGGCAACUGGCAACCCGGACGGACGUGAGCAGUGGUUACUCAAUACACAAGUUGCCCUUCUUCUAGGCGAGAAAGAUACGCAACUCUCCAGAUACACUGCGUGGGAGCGUCUUCCAGUAUCGCAAAUAGCGAAGAGAGUUAUUUGGCGUCUUGAACAAGAUAGAUACUCUCUAACGCAAAGCAAAAUCUACCACCUAGGUGAACAAUUGCCUGAUUAUUACGGAGGCGAUCCUCGCACAGUCGGUUAUAGGAGGCUUGAAAAGCUUCGUGGUGAGGCGGCAAAACUUUUCUUCGAGAUGGACAACAUGUUCUUUGUCAAAGAAUCGGACUUCCUCUAUAUUGUACCCACCAUACCUCACCUUCGCAAUGUCAAAUUGUCAAUCUGCUACUGCGAACUCCCGGAAAGUGAAUCGGCUUUAGCAACUUUUUCUACUCCGGCAAAGUGGAAGCAGGAUCCGGAUGCUGAAAGUCGAGGAGGAUUUGCGCCAAGAUCCAAGCAUUAUAUCAACGGGCAGCUGGUAGGCGAAGACAAGCCGGGACGAUAUCAACCGAGCAAAACCCCGUUUCCGGAGCACCGUGUCCCUCGGAGGGGCCUUGUUGCAGUCACUCCGGACGACCCCGACUAUGCGCGCCUAUGCUUCGAGCAAGGUCUAGUUCACCUUCUUAACGAUGAACAGAAGCUGGCGAUGCAAAACGCUGCUCACCUAACUCCUCGGAGCAUGAUAUCGAAUGAGCCUCUAGAUUACGCUAGCGAGAACUUGUCUCCUUCCACUAAGUCACCACAAAUUACACAAGUUAACGGCGUUAAGAGUGCCCAAGAAUCUCCGGAUAGGCUCCCCACUAACGGGAUCAAUGGGGAUGACUUGGGAGGCCAUUAACCAAUUAGUCAACACAUCAUUGCCGUAAAUUCACUCGCCAUUACAUCUUCGCUACGUUUCCUUGUCCUUCUACGAUAUCAAGACAUCGGU